UUUGAACCAGAGAAAUUUUUUUUUUCCUUUUUCUUUUGAUAAAGUUUCUUUAUGGAUAAGCUCUCUCUUUAUUUAUUUUUUUAAUUUCUUUAGUACUACUAGUAAUAUUAUAGUAGCAAAUUAAUUCACUAUACUUUUGAAGUUGACACUGUCCUCACUCACUCUCUCUCUCCAUUUCUUUGUGGGGACAAAUUCUCUCUCUCUCCUCUCUCUCUGCAAGUUUCAAUGGCUACUGAAUUUGUCAACAGGACAAUUCAUCCUGAAGAAUACCCUCAGAUGAUUUAUGAAGCUCUUGAUGCACUACAACAAAAAGAAGGCUCAAACAAGUCAACAAUAUCAAAGUACAUUGAAUCUAAGUAUGGGAACUUGAAUGAUGCACACUCAAAGUUGCUAACUUACCAUUUGGAUAGAAUGAAACUAACUGGUGAACUUAUUUUCCUCAAAAACAACUACAUUAAACCUGGUCCAGGUGUACCUCCUAAGCGUGGCCGAGGGCGACCACCAAAACCGAAAACUACAUUGCCAGAAGGAACAGAACUUGCAGCUCCAAAGCCGAGAGGUCGCCCGAAAAAAGACCCCAAUGCACCACCUACUCCCAAGAAACCAAAACCAACAAUUGUCCCUGGUAACUUAGCUCCUGUUUCGAAAACCGGAAGGCCUAGAGGUAGGCCUAGGAAGAUUAGGCCACAGCCAGCACAAAAUGGCCUAGAGUGAAGCUGAAAAUUUGUUGACUUUGUUGAUGGUGAUGACUCUUAUGACUCCGUUAUGUCUUAAGUUUUUCUUGGUUGAAGUAGUAGUUGUAGUGUGUUGUGUUUAUUUUAGCCGCGUGAUGUAGAUUGUUAGAAGAGUCUGUACUUGUUUUAAUGCUUGUUGAUUCAAGAUUCACAGUAGAUAGGAAGGUUAAGCCACAGCCAGCACAAAAUGGUGUAGAGUGAAGCUGAAGAUUUGUCGACUUUGUUGAUGGUGAUGACUCUUAUGAUUGUGUUAUGUCUUAAGUUUUCUUGGUUGAUGUUGUAGGUGUAGUGUGUUGUGUUGCUUUUAGCUGCGCAAUGUAGAUUGUUAGAAGAGUCUGUACUUGCUUAAUGCUUCUUGAUUCAAGAUUCACAACAUCUAUACAAACGCUGGUUUAUCAAGAAUACGCAAGAAAAGCACCUCGAAUCCACAGCCGGAACAAAAUGGUGUAGAGUGAAGCGAAAGAUUUGUGGACUUUGUUGGGCUGAUGACUCUUAUGGAUGUGUUAUGUCUUAAGUUUUUCUUGUUUGAUGUUGUAUUUGUAGUUGGUUGUGUUUAGUUCUUGUAGCUGUGCAACUUGUUUAAUGCUUGUUGAUUCAAGAUUCACACUGAAAUUUUGUGGGAUCUUAUUAGUUCAUUGGGUUAUGUUGUUGGUGAUGAUUCUCAAUUCUCCUACAUUGAUUAAGGGAAUGUAUUGUUGUCUUUUUAUAUACAUAGUCCGGGCGAUCUUUUACCUUA